AUGGCACCAAAGCAGCUGCAGUCGAUCGUUUUUUUUGCCAUCCUCGCGAGCCUGUCGAUCAAGGACCUUGGCCGUGUGAGUAAGUUUCUCGGUAUGAGCUGGGCGCUAGAUGGUGAAGGCGGCUGCGUUCUGGAUCAGGAGGAGGUGAUCAGCUACUUGCUGCAAGAACAAAGCCUCACGGACGCAAACUGCUAUGAAGUGCAGUCCAUCGACAGCGUGCAACUCGAGUCCAAAAGCACGAAUGGAGCGCCUACAAUCAGAGAAUUUUAG